AUGACGACAUCGAAAGAAUGGCAGAAGAUGCUCAAUGGAGAGCUCUACGCUCCUUGGGAUGCAGACCUUCAGGCCAAUCGGCAGCGCUGCAAAGAAGCAUGCGACAGGUUCAAUCAAGCUGGGCAGGUCGCUCGGCGUCGCAGGGUGGAAUUAUGGCGGGACAUCCUAGGUGAUACGCGCCCUCUGCCUCCAGCCCAUUCCGAUCCUCGGGAGGAUGAGAAGCUCUUUGACGAUACAGAUCCCUAUGUGGACCCUCCCAUCUCGGUGGAUCACGGCUUGAACUUCAAGGUCGGCAAAAAAACCUUUCUGAACUACAACCUUCAUGUCCUGGAUACAUGUCUCGUGACCAUUGGUGAAAGGGUGCUUACCGGUCCGAAUCUUUGUAUCUACGGGGCUACCCAUCCUUUGGACCCAGCUGUGCGACGGGGUAUAGAGGGCCCAGAAGCCGGCAAGGAAGUGCAUAUCGAAGACGAUGUCUGGAUAGGAGGCAGUGUAAUCAUCUUAGCCGGAGUUACUAUCGGACGAGGCAGUACGGUGGGAGCUGGAUCUGUGGUGACAAGGAGCGUUCCUCCCUUCCAUUUUGUUGCCGGAAACCCAGCCCGCAUCAUUCGCCGGAUCGAAACGAGCAUGGAUCCCGAUCAGCGCAAAGAAAGUCAACCCGAGUGA